AUGGCUGAAGCAGUUAGAAAAAUACACACCGUAACUACGAAAGUGACACCACCAUUUGGGGAUGAGUUUCAAAUAGCAGCAACACUUCCCCUAGAAAAACCGAUCUUCAAUGCUUCAAAUCGAAUUCCUAUCACAAUCCAUUUGAGUAAAACGGGAACAAAUACUGAGUUGGGUUGCUACGUCUAUACGAUUUUGGAUAAGAGAUCGGGUCGAACGCAUCAGACUUUAUUAAAUAAUAGCAACGAAACCUUGGUCGACAUGACCAAGAAAAUAGGGGCCCUACUCAGCAAAAAGUACCAUGUACCUACUUAUGUCAGUGUUUCCGGAAAUUGGUCAUUAGAGGACCUAUUGGCUACGAUAAAAUCUGUCGUUGCAUUUAUCAAUGAAUCAUAUUGA